AUGCGGGGAACGAGGAACGAAAAACGGGGAACGGGAAUAAACGCGGGGAACGAGGAACGGAACAGAUGCGGGAACGAGGAACGGAACGCGGGAACACGGAACACGGGAACGAAUAACGGAAUAGACGCGGGGAACGAGGAACGAAACAGACAUACUGAACGAGGAACGAAACAGACGCAAGGAACAACGAAACGGAACACGUGCGGGGAACGAGGAACGGAACAGAAGCUAGGAACGAGGAACGGAGCACAAGAACGAAUAACGGGAAUAGACGCGGGGAACGAGGAACAAAACAGAUGCAAGGAACGAGGAACGAAACAGAUGCAAGGAACGAGGAACGGAACAGACGAGGAACUGCCAGGAACGGAACAGACGCAAGGAACGAGGAACGAGGGGAACGAGGAAGGGAACAGAUGCAAGGAACAGGGAACGAAACAGACGCAAGGAACAACGAACCGGAACACGUGCCGAAAACGAAAUCCCAAGCGGAACCUCGGAACGGAACGCUCCCCCUGGAACGCGCAGCCAGAUAGCAAAAAACUACGAAAAGCCAGAUCCAAGAACUUCCACAUGAAGCCGGUGCCAGUGCAGAUACACGUUUAUGGCAAAUGGCGCGUUUUGAGGGUUCUAGAAAAAGGGUUCCAGACUAGGCAGGAACACGAAACCUUGGGGUCUGAACCUAGUCUGGCCAAUGUUCAAGAGUAG